CUCGACUCCUGCUGCUGAGGCUGCACCUCACACUGUCUCAGCAUCGAAAGAUGUUGGCCUCCACUUCCCUGUCCGUCCCGCCCUCCCCCUCCCCGUCAAUCCCGACCCGUCACUGCCACACCGCCACCUUCUGCUGCUUCAGGCCUCCGGCUCGCCCACCUUCCUCUCGCUGUCUUCUUCCUGCUGCCUUCCCGCCGGCGACCCGCCCCCGCCCCCGCCCCCGCCUCCGCCCACGCGCAUCCGACGUGUCGGCAUCCCCCGCCCCCGCCCCCGCCAAGGACUACGAGUUUACUGAUGGCAAUGGAGAGGUGGAGCUGAGGCUGGACAUAGGAAAGCUUGGCAUUGAGAGUUCAAGAGAUGUUUUUGUUGAUGUUGAUGAUAUGUCUCUGCUGGUCAGAGCCAAGUCUGAUGGGACACUGCAGACUUUGAUCAAUGUUAAGCAGCUCUUUGAUAGGAUUAAGUCUUCUGAGACUAUAUGGUUCAUAGACGAAGAUCAAUUGGUGGUAAAUCUUAAGAAAGUUGAGCAAGAGCUAAAAUGGCCUGACAUCGAUGAAUCUUGGGAAUCCCUGACUUCUGGAAUCACUCAGUUAUUGACUGGGAUUAGCGUUCAUAUUGUUGGUGACUCCACAGACAUAAAUGAAGCAGUUGCCAAAGAAAUAGCUGAGGGAAUUGGUUACCUUCCGGUCUGCACAAGCGAGCUGCUAGAAAGUGCCACUCAAAAGUCAAUUGACACAUGGGUGGGUUCGGAAGGAGUGGACUCGGUAGCAGAAGCUGAAUGUGUUGUCCUGGAAAGCCUUAGCAGCCAUGUUCGGACUGUCGUAGCAACUCUGGGGGGAAAGGAAGGAGCAGCUAGCAGAUUUGAUAAAUGGCAGUAUCUUCAUGCUGGAUUUACAGUCUGGUUGUCGGUGUCUGAUGCUAGUGAUGAAGCUUCUGCCAAAGAAGAGGCCCGGAGAAGUGUGAGCGCAGGCAGUGUUGCGUACGCAAAAUCUGAUGUAGUGGUGAAGCUUGGUGGAUGGGACCCGGAGUACACGCGAGCUGUUGCGCAGGGUUGCCUUGUGGCCUUGAAGCAGCUAACUUUGGCAGACAAGAAGCUAGCAGGUAAGAAGAGCCUUUACAUCAGGCUAGGGUGCAGAGGGGAUUGGCCCAACAUCGAGCCUCCCGGCUGGGAUCCCGACUCCGACGCCCCACCCACCAACACAUGAUUUCCAUCUAGCCUAGGAACGGACUUCACUUGUUCAUCCAUUUACCGGCAUGGCUUCUACUGUUGCAUAUUUUGUCUCGCGGCAAGUUCCAGCUGCAGGAAAUCACCCACCUUUUGAAGAUAACAUUGGGAAAAUGUGAUAUGAAGAUAACUUUAGUUUUUUUUUAAAACAAACCUAAAUCUAAGUUGACACUGGCAAAUACAACGAUGAGAAGUGUGGACAAUUCGCACCUGUCAUCUGAGAAUAAUAGGAUUGCCUUUGAAAGGCACACUGAUGGCGGAUUAACGGACUAAAGGCAAAGCACAGCAGCACGGCUCUUUCAUAGUAUG